CGUGUCUCCAUGCGUCAUCAUCCUGCGCCGGGAGCUGUGCGUUCCACGCGUGGGGAGCAUGCAGUGAGUGUCCUAUCCCCAGGAAUGCUGGAAAAGUACAUUGGGAAUGUCUGACAGAUUUACUGACAUGAGAACAGAGGGAGUUUGAUCAGUGUGAUUCAUGCAGGGCAGGCUCUGGUGUCUGGUUUCUCUCUCCUGCGAAAACUCCACAUCUUGACCUAACAGGAGUAGGUUUUGUGCAGUGUCCCAGAUCCUGUAAAAAAUGUCUGGAAGGGGCAGAGGUGGAGGUGGUGGUCGGGGCCAGAUGACAUUUAAUGUGGAGGCCAUAGGGAUCACCCGAGGGGAGUCCUUGCCUCCACCAACCCUGCAGCCUCCUCUUUUAUUCCCAUCCUUAGAUUACAAGCCCAUCCCGCUACAGACAGGAGAAGAAGUAGAGUAUAUGCUGGCGCUGAAACAGGAGCUACGGGGUGCAAUGAAAAAUCUCCCUUAUUUCAUCAAACCGGCUGCGCCAAAGAAAGAUGUGGAGCGGUACUCUGAUAAAUAUCAGACGUCUGGACCUGUGGACAACGCAAUCGACUGGCAUCCCGACUGGAAACUCCUUCCUCGUGAAUUGAAGAUCAAAGUAAGGAAGAUCAAGAAAGAGAAGGCCUCGGUCAUUCUCCCUAAACACAAGCAGAGAGUUCCUUUGGAUAAAGAGGAGAUUAUUAAGAAGUUGGAGAAUCUUGAAAAGAAAGAAGAAGAGGUAAGCUCCUCCGAGGAAGAGGAGAAUAAAGAAGAGGAAGAAGAAAAAGAGGAAGAGGAGGAAGAAUAUGAUGAAGAGGAACACGAGGAGGAGACCGAUUACAUCAUGUCUUACUUCGACAAUGGCGAGGAGUUUGGCGGUGACAGCGAUGACAAUAUGGAUGAGGCCACAUACUGAUUCCCAGAAUUCUCUGAGCGUCUGAUUGCACGCCAUCUUCUUAGACUUGAAACCACAGCCAGCGGCGACUGUGAAUCGGUUGACACUGAAUUACGCUGGACUGUUCUAUUAGCUUUUACAAUAACUUUUAUCGUGGACUAUUUUAAAUAACAUAUUUGUCAUAUUACAUAACGGGAAACGUGAUGACAUCUUCCUAUUUUAGUAUUGUUUAAUAUUUUAUGAACUAACAUCAGUGGGACUCUCUGGAAGUUAACAUUCAGAAGAAUGUUUUAAUUGGAAUAUAAUGUAAAUACAGUGUUUAUACACAGAAUCGAAAACGUGCUUUAUAAUCUUUUUGUUUCGGUUUAUUCACCUUAUCCCUGUGCCUUGUUAGCUGGGACCAACUGUUUACAUAAGUAGCCAGCAGAGGGCGACCGCAGUUUGUAGCUUUAUUUAUAGCAAAUCUAUUUAAAGUAACGUUACAAGGCCAAUAACUGCUACAGCUUAUUGUACAGAAUACAGUACAUCAAACCAAUUCAGUUUUGAUUUUUAAAGAAUCCUGGUUUUCACCCAAAUCUUGCGCUGCUGUGAGGUCUAAGACUCGUUGCUUGGUGUAAGCACAUACUGUGCUAGGGGUUGUGCAAACAUUUUGUUAAUGGAGAUGCAAGAUUUCCUCAAUAGGACAAGAGGGCAGGGAAUCCUCAAUUUUUUUGUUUUUCUUUCCCAAAAUCUUUAAAAACUGUUUGACAAAAGCCAGCGGGACCGCAUCCACAGCCUCCUAGCAUCAGAACUGCUAAAAUAAUCUGU